AGGUGGGAAGGGAGCUGGAUAUGAGGAGUAAUCGUGGAAGAGGAUUCAGUCCGACCUUGUCUGGCUCGCAGUCCCGCGCCUGGCCGUGCGUAACGCUGCUAAAAUAGUUGGCAGCGUCUAAAGCCCCCUUCAGGCGCGUACAACUUCUGGCUUUCAUUCAUAUUUUUUUUUAUUCGCAACACAUCCACGCCUGGGUGAUGUGCACAGGAAUAGCGCAACAUUAUACUCCAACCUCUUCCGCAUAUUGGAUUUCUAUGCAAAGAGAGAAGGUCGCCAACGUCCGUCCAAGGAUUCGGGAAAUGAAGACUGCUGCUGACACGGACCCGGAAUUUAUGUUUUGACCUAAGUGUAAAGCGUUUCUUUUUUUCUUCAUCUCUUUUUUCGUGUCCAGUUUUGUUCAGGGAUUUUCUUCAGUUUAGGAAGUGUGUGCUCCCUGUGCGGAAUCAUUCGUUGCGUUGCCCGUAUUUGAAUAUAACCCAGUUUUGGACGCGUCCGUGCAGAGCAUUGUAUAGCGCACACGUUCGGUCAUGAUGCAUUUUAUUUAGGACAACCUCUGAAGACGCGAAGUGCCAAAUUAAGCCGGAAUGGCGAACGAGUGUAAUCGCAAUAUUGUGGAAAAGUAUAUCUGCCAUAAACUCUCCAAACGCGGAUACGUGUGGGGAUUUGACGAUGUCCGAGGUGAAGAUGCUGCUAAUAACGGGUUGGUAGUUGACCCUCCGCCGGGUUUGUCCCGCCGGUGCCGUGAAGCCAGCACCGGGCCUGACAGCGAGAGCAACCGCCACCUCUGCAGACGGCUCCCCCAGUCCGAUCCGCACGCCGCCGUCCACAGAGUCCUGCGCGAGGCUGGAGACGAACUUGAAAGACUUUACCAGCUGGACUUCACGGAGAUGUCGCGGCAGCUUUAUCUCACCUCGGACACGGCGCAGCGGAGAUUCGCCGAGGUGAUAGACGAACUGUUCCGGGACGGUGUGAACUGGGGCCGGAUUAUUGCUUUCUUCGAGUUCGGGGGCACGGUGUGCGCAGAGUGCGCGGCCAAGGAGGAGAUGACAUCGCAGGUGAACAACAUCGUGAAGUGGAUGACGGAGUAUUUAAAUGGACCUCUUAACAGCUGGAUACAAGAUAACGGGGGAUGGGACGCCUUCAUUGAGCUGUACGACAGACAGAGGGAAUCCGUCUUCAGCUGCUCCUGGUCCUCCAUCAAGACCGUGUUCGGCCUGGCCGCGCUCGGGGCCGCCAGCCUCACCAUCGGAGCGUACCUCACGCAGAAGUGAACACAGGGCCCUCCUCCUGUGUCGGCUCGACUCCGUUUCUCGACAUCCUCCUCCUCUUCCUCGCGCCUCUCCUCGUUUCCCUCUUUUAAAGAACGCCCCUGACCCCUCAGAGACAACCUUCAAGACUGCUCUGAAUCUGGCUCUCUUCAAAGCCUCUCCUUCGCCUUCUCCCACCCCACCCCCCCACCACCCCACCCCACCCCAUUCAUGUCAAAACAGACACGUAUAAAGACAAGUGAAGGAACCAGAGGCGCGCCGAGCAAAGGGGCGUCUGGAAAGGAGGCGUCUUAGAUGUAAUCGCACUAAGCUGAGGAGAAACGAGGAGGAAUUAGUGGCAUGCUUCUUUUCGUUUUCUUUCUUUUUUUCUUUUUUUUUGCCUGCUUCUAUACUAGAUAUAGCAUGAACGUCGAGUGUUAGUGUAGACCUUGCAUGUGUGGGACCUCUGUCUGGAGGCAUUGAUGGCGGGGGCGAGAGGACGCCGCCGCCUGAGAGGAGCGGCCCCCUGCUUGUUAGGGUGAAGGACCGCGUUUGAACUGUGGACUCCAGUUACUCCAUCACCCGGUCCUUCAAAGGACUUCCUCCACAGAACAGCUGCUCAGAAUGUAUAAUGGAAACAGCUCGCUGCAACCAGCGCAUCGUGUGUCUAUUGCUUUCGCACCAUUAUGCGGCGUGGGGCCCCCCCGGGCCCGAGACGAUGGGCUCAUCUCAAGCUGAGUUUUUUUUUUUUUUUUUUUUUGUGGAGUUUUGCAAAGCAAACUGAGUGGUCUGCACGCAAAAGAUUAUUCUGAGAGGAGCGUGGAGCGCAGCACAACAGAACGAGGUGAAACAAACUGCAUUUCGCAUUUCAAGGAGGUAGGCCUCUGCCGCGUGAACAGUAAGUCCGAGGGGGCAAAGUAACUCCUCAAGCAAAUUGUGUACGUGAUCACCCCGUGGCUAAAUUAUUCCCUGUUAAAGUAAAUCCUUCUCUAUUAGCGCGCUCUAAAAGCUACCAGUUUAUUUUCUACCUCUCUUGCACCUUUUUCCCCCUCACCGCUGCUGCCGCCCCUCCUCUCCACUGAGUCCACUGAAUCGUUUGGGCUCGCCCAGGUUUCAGAGCUGAAGCUGUCGACGGGGUCAAACAGACGCUCGGUAAUCGACAAAAGACGGUUGUUGUUGACGUGGGCUCAGGCGAACUUGCUCGGGCCGCAGAUGACCGAGUGGAAACUACGGCAGCAGUGUUUCAGCUCGGGACUCGAGCCAGCCGGCCGGUCCCCGUGUGCUGGAACCUGAGCUGUCCCUUCUCUCGGGCCUGCAGAUGCAUCCAGUCAUCGAUUUUCUUCCUCUCAGCCUGUUUUAUUGAUGUUUGUCUUGUGUUGCAGUCAGAUCGAAUCAUUGUGGCAACGCUCCUCGCAGGCUCCGAAAUAUUUCAUUGUACAGCAUUUUUUUUUUUGGAAAAGUGAUUUUCUUUCUUUUUUUUUAAAUCUCCAACUUCUUUGUUGCGCGGAUGAAAGAUCUUAAACAUAUUUAUAACAGUACAGGCGCCAGGAGAUGAGAACUAACAACAAAGAGGUUGCAUUUUCUAUUUAUGCAGAGGUACCAGAUCACAGAUUUUACUUCUUUCCUUCUUUUUUUUUUCUUUCUAUAAAAUCACACUGUAACUACAUUUGUUUUUCCCGGCUGCUAUCAUAACAAGAAAAAGAAAUUUCUUUUUUUGUUUUGUCUGUGUCGUAUUAAUACUGGCUUAAGGCUGCUAUACGGUCGAUUUUUAAACUUUUACUCACAGCUUAAACUGCCACAACUCUACAGUUUAGUCCUUAGAGAGCUGGAAACCAAAGUUAACCCGUAUUAAUCUUUAAUUUAAAGUAGCUCGACGAGAACACGCCGCGUGGCUUCAGUUCACUGAGCGUCUGUCCGGUGAGGUCUGCUGGUGAUCUCUCCGCGGAGGGUUUGUCUAGUGUUACUGUACUAUAUCAGCUUGUCAACGUUGUGCUCCGAUGAUGACUCUAUCUGUAAGAGGUUGACCUGGCAGACCCAAAACCUUUAUUAAAAAAAGAAAAGGAAAAAAAAAACACCCAGUUCUCAUCACAGCAGCUUAAGGUGUGUGGUGUAUCCCAGUGAAGUGUAUGUAAGAAGCAGAUGGUGAUUCGUAAGCAGGAGUAGGAACAGUUUAACAGCAAUAUACUGUAAUUUUUUUUUUUUUUUAAUAUAUAUAUUAUCUGUUCAUAUAUGAAUGUAUGGUUGCUGUACUGUUUAGGUCUAUAAUCACAAUCUUGUAGCACUUAAAAAAAGUGAAUUGUGUCUUGUUUACUGCUAUAUCCACGAUAAGCUAGCGGGAUCAUAUUGUUCCUAAUAAAUCAGAUUUCUCAGCAGUCCAAAUUCA